CCGUACGGUGACACCAUUUCUUGCUAGUCAUUUCCGGUUUCUUCCUCCCUAUAUUGUCGCAAUCUUAAUCAACCGGAGUAAAGAGCACGGAUCGAUUUUUCCUCCGUUUUCCCAGAAAAAUUAUUCGUCAUUUUCAUUUCUACUCUCCGUCGUUCCAUCUUCGCCCUCGAAAAGGUGAUCACGGAGUUACGCCGGAGGUCUUCUGUUCCUCCGUUAACUAAUGCUCAAAAGCCUCUGAUUUCUCUCUUGUCACUCAGUUUGUUCUGAACUUACAGUUAGGCGAACUGAAAAUAGAAUGGGACUCCUUUUACUCAGUUCUGUCAGCAGAAAACCAAAUGAAAGUAUGAGGCUUAUUGUGACCACAUUUUUCGGAGUAGUUCUUGGCUUCUUAAUAGGAGUUUCUUUCCCAACAUUAUCAACGACAAGGCGUAAUGUUACAUCUGCCCUUCUUCCUGGCAUUGAUUUUGCAUAUGAGGAUAAAAAGACAGGCCUCUCAACUCAAACUGCUUUGAACGUCUUGUCCAUGAGAAACAGCAGCUCCGCUCAUAAUGCUUCUGAUACAUCAAAGAUCUGGGUCCGAUCAAAUCCUCGAGGAGCUGAAAGGUUGCCACCAGAAAUCAUUAGAGCUGAGUCAGAUCUAUACUUUCGAAGAUUGUCGGGCAACCCAAAGGAGGACUUGACCUACAAGCCAAAGUAUCUUGUCACAUUUACUGUUGGUUUUGAUCAAAGUAAGAAUAUCGAUGCAGCAGUUGAGAAGUUUUCAGAGAACUUUACUAUUGUUCUAUUUCAUUAUGAUGGGCGAACAACUGAAUGGGAUGAGUUUGAGUGGUCAAAGAAGGCAAUACAUAUCAGUGCCCGUAGGCAGACUAAAUGGUGGUAUGCGAAGAGGUUUUUACAUCCUGAUAUUGUGGCUCAAUAUGACUACAUUUUUAUUUGGGAUGAAGACCUGGGCGUUGAGCAUUUCAAUGCAGAAGAGUAUAUUAAACUAGUGAGGAAGCACGGCUUGGAGAUUUCACAGCCUGGUCUGGAUCCUAACGGAGUGUUAACCUGGCAAAUGACAAAGAGAAGAUUUGAUCAUGAAGUUCACAAGGAAACAGAGGAGAGACCAAACUGGUGCACAGAUCCACAUCUUCCCCCUUGUGCAGCGUUUGUUGAGAUUAUGGCUCCAGUGUUUUCACGAGAUGCUUGGCGGUGUGUGUGGCAUAUGAUGCAGAAUGACUUGGUCCACGGCUGGGGUCUUGAUUUUGCACUAAGAAAAUGUGUUGAACCUUCCCAUGAAAAGAUAGGAGUCGUUGAUGCUCAAUGGAUUGUUCAUCAAUCUGUUCCCUCUCUUGGUAAUCAGGGAGAGUCAGAUAAUGGCAAGGCACCAUGGCAAGGGGUGAGGGAGAGGUGUAGAAACGAGUGGAGAAUGUUUCAAGAUCGAUUCACAAGUGCAGAAAAUGCAUAUUACCAGUCACUGGGAAUUAAUCCCUCCAAUUCUUCAGAACCACAUUAGGUGACACCACGGUACAACACUGACUGUACACAUUUCACUAUUGUAUAAGAACCAGAGUGCUUAGGUUCUCAGAAAAGUUUGGAAAAUUUAUUAUCAUUAUAGCUCUAUCUACUAUUUAUUAAAAGGCUCCCAAUUAUUAUUAGAUUUUCAUUUCUUGAAUUGGGACCAUUGCUUCAUUCAUGUAUAUCCCUCAAUCGUUAAUACUGUUCUUGGCUGCUGUUGUGGCUUUUUCUGCUGCGGAUUUAACAU